GAAGGAAGAUGAAAAAGGAAGAGGUGGAGGAGGUGAGUCCAAUGCCACAACAAACGUGAUUAAAGCUGUUUCUUAUGUAACCCCAAUCCACAAAAGCUCUUGAUCCGUUGCUCUAUAUUUGGCCUUUCCCUUCAUCACAAUCGAGAUGGAUCAGAAUCAAGCAGGAGUUGUUUUUGUAAUUGGGUUUCUUCUUGUUCUUCAAUUGGGUAUCUGGGCAUCCGCCAAUGUGGUUUUCCAGGUUCAGCAUAAGUUUAAUGGCGAUAAAAGGUCUUUGACUGCAUAUAAAGCUCAUGAUUCCUAUCGUCACCGGAGAAUUCUCUCCGCUGCUGAUCUCCCUCUCGGCGGCAAUGGCAGCCCUACCUCCUCUGCGCUCUAUUUCACCAAGAUUCAAAUCGGGACUCCUCCACAAGAUUAUCACGUGCAAGUCGAUACGGGGAGUGACCUCUUAUGGGUGAACUGCGCUGGAUGUGCAAAUUGUCCGAGAAACAGCGAUCUUGGAAUCUCACUCAUGUUAUACAAUCCAAAGAGCUCAUCAAGUUCCAAAAUGAUUACUUGUGAUCAAGAUUUUUGCACAUCCACACUCGACUCCUCCAAUAAUGAGUGUAUUGUGGGGAUGCGAUGUUCUUAUCUUGUUAAGUAUGGUGAUGGGAGCUCAACGACAGGUUAUUUUGUUAGAGAUACCGUACAACUUGAGAGGGUUUCCGGGAACCUUCAAACAGCAUCCAUGAAUGGGAGCAUUACAUUUGGGUGUGGAGCGAGACAAUCGGGGGGACUAGGUUCAACCCAACAAGCACUAGAUGGGAUACUAGGGCUCGGACAGGCAAAUUCUUCGAUAAUUUCGCAGCUUGCUAUGGCUAAAAAGGUGAAAAAGACGUUUUCCCAUUGCUUGUCGGGUUCUACCGGAGGUGGGAUUUUUGCCAUUGGAGAAGUUGUGGAGCCGAAAGUUAAUACGACACCAAUUAUUCCAAAGGAGACACAUUUCAAUAUCGAACUGAAGGCAAUUGAGGUGGGUGACGAGUUUUUAAGACUUCCAAGGGAUAUAUACGACGGUCGGACUAGGCGAGGAGCAAUAAUCGACAGUGGUACGACCUUGGCUUAUUUUCCAAACGAGAUAUACAACCAACUAAUGCGAUCGAUUAUGGUCGCACAACCAAAUAUGAAACCACACAUAGUUGAUCAUCAAUUCAAGUGUUAUAAAUACCUCGGAGACGUUGAUGACGGUUUUCCGGUUGUCACGUUUCAUUUUACGAAUACCCUUCCGAUGAAAGUUUAUCCUCAUCAAUAUCUCUUUCAAGUCCAGAAUGAAGAUUGGUGCAUCGGUUUUUUGAGCAAUGGCGUGCAACCGAAGGAUGGAAAAGACGUGAUCUUGUUGGGAGAUCUUGUACUAACGGAUAAGUUGGUUACGUAUAAUAUGGAAGAUCAGACCGUCGGAUGGACGGAAUAUAAUUGCUCGUCGAGCAUCAAAGUGAAAGAUGAAGAAACCGGGAUGGUGUACGAGGUUGGUUCCCAUAAUGUUUCAUCAUCCGCUCGUAAACGCAGGGUGGUUUUCGGUUGGGUGGUGUUUAUAAUAGCUGCUUCUAAAAUAGUAAUGUAUUAAAACAAACCAAAGCCAACAGUUAUAUAAAUAAAUAUGUGUUGAUA